AUGGUUAAGAUUACGAAGUUGGUUGUUUGUGGACCGACUGGUUCCGGGAAAACUUCUCUGAUUGAACACUGUAUAUAUGGGAACUAUUUUGAAAGGCAACCAGAUGACUUCAUUGACAAAUAUCGCGAGAAACGUGAUUUAUGCAUUGUAGUUAGCUGUCACAAGGUGGAUAAACCUAAAGAUGCAACUUUAGAUUCUGCAGAAAUUUCUCGAUGGUCUCAAUCCGAGAAAGUGGCAAAUAUAUUUGAAACAACUGUGUAUGACCGCCAAUCACUCAUGAAUCUAUUCACAUGGACUAUUUCCCGUAUCACUCAGUCCCAAAGUAAAUCAGGAUUUUCAUUCGGUAAAAAGGAUGUUCGAAGAGACAAAACAAACUGGAUCGUUAGUAAGAAACUAUGUUUUAAAUUUUGUGAUAUGGUUUUAGAUAUGCUUGAAAAGAUAGAACCAGCUCAUAUACUGAUACCUGCCCAGCCAACUUCUAAUAUAAAUAAUAAUAAUUCUAUCACUUCAUAUUCUAUUGGUCCAUGUACAUAUAUUUUAUCAAUAUCUGAUCAGUAUUUAAUAUCUGGUCACUUGAAUGGCUGGUUAAUUAUUUGGUCAAUUAAAAAAUAUCGUCCUUUACGUCAGUGGAUUGGGCAUAAUGGAUAUCAAAUUACAAGUUUACAUUUUUGGCCUCGAAAUCAUAAUGACAAUAAUGGUGUGAUAAUAUCCCAUGGUCGUGAUGGCUUUAUUCGUUUCUGGGGUUUAAACACUUUAAAAUUUGAUACAACUGAGGUGUUUAAACCUCUUGAUCAAAUUUUUGGUGAAAUUCAUACAUACGAUAUUACGUUUUGCAAUUCCGAUUUAUGGCGUGCAUUUACUACAACAAGUAAUAGUAAUAGCAACAAUUCAACGGAUGUUUAUUUCUUGGCCCAUUUGUGUCAAGAAGAAAGAGAUGAUGAUGAUAAUAAUAAUAAUAAUUCUUCAACAUCUAAUGCAGAACCAUCUAUUGAAAUAAUCCAACUGCCUCAAUUUGUAUUUAUUUGUCAGCAAUCAAUUAAUUCUAUUCAAACUUCUUGUCAAAAUAUUACAAAUCUAGGCAUGUGUAUGUCAUUAAAAGGAAUUGAAAAAACUUAUCCAAUAAACCAAAUACAUUCCAUUCUUUUGGCCGGUUUCGAAUCUGGGCACUUAAUUUUACUAGGUGAUGGUCGAGUAUUAAGUGUGCUCAAUUAUCCUUUGGGUCAAUCUAUUCCCAUUAUGACACUUUCUAUUCAACCUGCUUUCAAACAACAAUUAUGUAAGGAAAGUACUGAUCGAAUAGAAACAAAUGUUAAAUUCGUUGUUUUAGGUGGACCUAGUGUGGAUAGUUGUGAUACAGAUCCAUCAUUCGAUGGAAACAUAGCUUUUGUACAGUUGGAAUUCGAUCCUCAAAUGUCAAAUUAUUUUAAAUUAUCUAAAAUUCAUAAAUCACUUCAUAAUUGUACUACUGGUAUUUCAUGUUUUACAUGGCGUGAUGAUGGUCGUCUGUUAGCAGUUGGUCAAUGGGAUGGUCAAAUACAUUUAAUUGAUGUGUAUUUCAAAAAUAAUCAACUUAAAAUAAAAUCCUUAGGUUAUCUUCCUAGUCUAGGUAGUUUAAAUGAAGGAAGUUUAAUUGGUGAAUGGAGUUCUACAACAUUAACUAAACCACAUGGACCUAAUAUUGAUCAACAAUCCAGAUUAAUUCGAUCAUGUACAUUUACAAAACAAUCUCAUUUUUUAAUUACAUCUGUUCCAGCAAAUGGUGGAGCACUAGGUAGUUUACUUGUAUGGGAUAUUUACAGAUAGAUUUGUGAACAUUUUAUUUGGAACUUUCAGUUUUGUAUCAUUUUUGUUAAUAGAAUGUAUUCAUCUUGUUCUACCAUUGUUUGUUUUUCGUUCAAUAUAUAUUUACGUAUUACCAAAAGCUACAUGAAAAUCUAAAUAGUUGGAUUCAAAAGUGGUUACAUUUGAAAUAGUUCUGUGUAUUAAUUUUCAGUGAUAGUUUAAUAAUUUCAGUACUCAAUCAUGAAACCAAUAGAUUUCAUAUUCAAACACCAAUUCAAAUUGGAUAACAGGAUAGUACCACUAACUUUCUAUUAUAAUUGACCAACGCCAGUUCUUAUAUUUUUUACUCAACUGUCCAUAAAAGUGAAAAAAACUGAGAAACAACCAGAAAGCUAAAAUUGGCAGAGCCAAA